AUGAGUGUUUUUUCACAAUUUCUAAUUUUGGUGACUCAAACACCUAUCAAAUUCCGAAUUUGUUUUAUAAAAAACUCAAAAAACAAUUUUCAGCAAAAUUUUAACGAGUCUGUCUAUCAACAUAUUUAUCGUCAAUUCCACAAUGCUUGGUCUCACGAAGACUUUGGACCUUUACCUGUCACAAUUCCGAAGCCAAACAUUGAAGAUAUUACAAAAAUUGCAGAUAUUCUUGAAAAUGCAAAACGUCCACUUUUAUUAAUGGGAAGUCAAUCUACUUUGCCUCCACUUAAAACUGAACAACUUGUUCAAAUUGUUAAUAAUUUGGGUAUUCCUACUUAUUUGGGUGGAAUGAGUCGUGGAUUGUUAGGGACAAAUUCACCGUUACAAAUGCGUCAGAAUAGAAAGAUUGCAAUUAAAGAGGCUGAUGUUAUUCUUCUGGCAGGAGCUGUAUGUGACUUUCGUCUAACCUAUGGAAAGGGAUUUUCACCUGAAACAAAAGUUAUUUCAAUAAAUAGAAGCCAGGAACAAAUGUUAAAGAAUCACGGCGUUUUCUGGAAUUCUGCAGCAACUAUUCAAGCUGAUGUUGGUCUUACUUUGUUAGAGCUUCAAGAGCAAAUGAAGGAACGAAAAUGGGGAGGUUUGGAAAAAUGUAGAGAAUGGAUUGAAAUGUUGAGAGAAAUGGAAAUUAAAAAAGAAGAAGACACUGCAAAAAAGUUGGCACAAAAACCUGAUGAUGGGCAUAUGAACCCUCUUGUAUUAUUGACUGCGAUGGAUGAGGUAAUUCCAAAAGAUGCAAUUUUGGUUGCAGAUGGUGGCGAUUUUGUUGGAAGGCUCGAUCCCGGCACUUUCGGCACAUUGGGAGUGGGUGCUGGAUUUGCACUUGGUGCAAAAGCUGUCUAUCCCGAAAGAACCGUUGUUAUAAUUUAUGGUGAUGGAUCUGCUGGGUAUUUUUUUAAAUUUUAUUUUUGA